AUGAGUUUCUUUAGUUUUGGCCAAAGUGCAGAAAUCGAUAUAGUUUUGAAUGACGCCGAGACAAGAAAAAAAGCUGAGCAUAAGACCGAGGAUGGGAAAAAGGACAAAUAUUUUCUGUUAUUUGAUGGCGAGACAGUAUCUGGAAAAGUCAACGUAACACUUAAGAAUCCAGGGAAAAGACUCGAGCACCAAGGCAUCAAAAUCGAGUUUAUUGGGCAGAUUGGUAAGUGUGUGACACAGCAGGCCUGUCUUUGGGUUGUCACUACCAAAAUAACUAAAUAAGCUACAGAAUUAUCCAUGGCGCAAAAAUGAAUUUACUUCGAUUAAGAAGUCUCUAUUCAUGAUGUUGUCAUCCUAAUGAAUUGUCAAGCUGAUUAAAUUAACUAUCUGUGUCGAUUGAUUGAUCAAUGUUGCAACUGUAGCUCGACCCAGACCCAAAUCGUCUGACAUUUAUGUGCCGCGGGUGACGCCCGUUGAGAGAUAAAUGCAUGUUAUCACCAGCUGGCCUUUGGCUUGCUUUGAGGAUGUUACAAUUGAUAUAAAACGUUUUAGUCGAUGAGUGAAGCAUUAAGCCAUGCCAUGCUCAUUUGGCUAUUCACUGCACGCUGCUUGGGCACGGGUUAAAACGUAGUGACCUGUGGUUGGCUGUGAUAUAAGUGAUCAACAGAAGCACUAUUGUGCCACAGAAACUCUCCUACAGUAGAUUAGUUAUCUGCCUGGUCAGAAGUUCAGAGAUGUGUGAGAAUCAUGAUACUAACUUCACCUGUCAGUUACACUUGAACUUAACUGUAGGCCUAUAUCAUAGGUCCUUUAUAGUUACAUUGUAAUAAACGUUAUUACACACUUGUAAGAUGCAAAUCAAAUCAAAUCAAAUUUUAUUGGUCACAUGCGCCGAAUACAACAGGUGCAGACAUUACAGUGAAAUGCUUACUUAUAGCCCUUAACCAACAGUGCAUUUAUUUUAAACAAAAAAGUAAGAAUAAAACAACAACAAAAAAGUGUUGAGAAAAAAAGAGCAGAAGUAAAAAUAAAGUGACAGUAGGGAGGCUAUAUAUACAAUAGAAUAAAGUGACAGUAGGGAGGCUUUAUAUACAGGGGGGUACCGUUGCAUAGUCAAUGUGCGGGGGCACCGGCUAGUUGAGGUAGUUGAGGUAAUAUGUACAUGUGGGUAGAGUUAAAGUGACUAUGCAUAAAUACUUAACAGAGUAGCAGCAGCGUAAAAAGUAUGGGGUGGGGGGGCAGUGCAAAUAGUCCGGGUAGCCAUGAUUAGCUGUUCAGGAGUCUUAUGGCUUGGGGGUAGAAGCUGUUGAGAAGUCUUUUGGACCUAGACUUGGCACUCCGGUACCGCUUGCCGUGCGGUAGCAGAGAGAACAGUCUAUGACUAGGGUGACUGGAGUCUUUGACAAUUUUGAGGGCCUUCCUCUGACACCGCCUGGUAUAGAGGUCCUGGAUGGCAGGGAGCUUUGCCCCUGUGAUGUACUGGGCCGUACGCACUACCCUCUGUAGUGCCUUGCGGUCAGAGGCCAAGCAGUUGCCAUACCAGGCGGUGAUGCAACCAGUCAGGAUGCUCUCGAUGGUGCAGCUGUAGAAUUUUUUGAGGAUCUGAGGACCCAUGCCAAAUCUUUUUAGUCUCCUGAGGGGGAAUAGUAACCAGUAGUCAUUUGUAGCAUUACCUUGAAUCUAUUUACACUAUAUGUAAUGCCUUUUAAAGGGAUAGAAAGUCAUCUGUAAACUGUUCUAGAUUCUCUUUCACCAUUGAAAACUGGUGACACUAACAACCAUUUCUCUCUUGUCAGAGCUGUACUACGACAGGGGAAACCACCAUGAGUUUGUGUCUCUGGUUAAAGACUUGGCCAGACCGGGAGAGCUAACGCAGUCCCAGACCUUCGACUUUGAGUUCACACACGUGGAGAAACCAUAUGAGUCCUACACAGGCCAGAAUGUCAAAUUACGGUAAGCAAGUAGCUGGCAACAAACCAUGCAUGAACCAUUUGGUGCACAACAUUAUAGGUCAAAAUCAAUUACCCUCACACACAAUUUGAGUUCCAUCACUAAAUGCGAUUUCACUGGUAUUUCUAUCGCCUAGUAAUAAAUGCAUUAUAGUUGUUAUCUAUAAGGAAAUAGAAACAGAAAUAAUAGAAUCUGAAAAUAGAGAUAGAUUGGAGCCCAGUCUAGAGAAUUGCCAUUUCCGAUGUCUCCAGUAGAGUGUAUAUCUACAGUAGCUUAACUUCUGUACAUAUGUCAAAUAUGUUAACUUGAGAGUAUAAUUUGUCUUUAGAGUGAAGUGCAAAUACAGUUAUAUCAAAGCACAGACUUCACGUGAUUUCUACUAUGUCUCACCAGCUAUUUGUGGUCUUUAUGGGUAGAAUUUGACUCCUAUCAGCGUUAUUGGAGACUUUCUGAAUUGUUCUUUGUGCAUCAUACAUUGAUACCCAAUAAGUAGAUGAGUUGAUUUUCUGGCUCUUCUCUUUCAUAUUUCAGCUACUUUCUGAGGGCAACGAUAAGCCGGAGACUGAACGACAUCAGUAAAGAGAUGGACAUUGUCGUGCACACGCUCAGCACAUACCCAGAACUCAACUCGUCGAUCAAGAUGGAAGUGGGAAUCGAAGACUGUCUACACAUUGAGUUUGAGUACAACAAGUCCAAGUAUGACUCUGUUACCAUGGUUUAUCAUAUUUGAAAAAAUUGAUUGGAAGGCUUGCGAUAUUCCUGUUUUUGAAUGGUGAGAUAGCAGAGCUUUAGUGAUGUCAAACUUAAGUCUCCCUGGUUCAACUUCCCUAAACCCCUAUGCUAAUAGCGUGUUUAUAUUUUGUAUUUAUUAUGGAUCCCCAUUAGCUGCUGCCAAGGCAGCAGCUACUCUUCCUGGGGUCCAGCAAAAUUAAGGCAGUUAUACAAUUUUAAAAACAUUACAAUACAUUCACAGAUUUCACAACACACUGUGUGCUCUCAGGCCCCUAUUCCACCACCACCACAUAUCUACAGUACAAAAUCCAUGUGUACGUGUGUGAAUAGUGCGUAUGUUAUCGUGUGUGUGUAUGCAUGUGUUUGUGCCUAUGUUUGUGUUGCUUCACGGUCCCGCUGUUCCAUAAGGUGUAUUUUUAUCUGUUUUUUAAAUCUAAUUGUACUGCUUGCAUCAGUUAUUUGAUGUGGAAUAGAGUUCCAUGCAGUCAUGGCUCUAUGUACAGUGAGGGAAAAAAGUAUUUGAUCCCCUGCUGAUUUUGUACGUUUGCCCACUGACAAAGACAUGAUCAGUCUAUAAUUUUAAUGGUAGGUUUAUUUGAACAGUGAGAGACAGAAUAACAACAACAAAAUUCAGAAAAACGCAUGUCAAAAAUGUUAUAAAUUUAUUUGCAUUUUAAUGAGGGAAAUAAGUAUUUGACCCCCUCUCAAUCAGAAAGAUGUCUGGCUCCCAGGUGUCUUUUAUACAGGUAACAAGCUGAGAUUAGGAGCACACUCUCCAGACCUUAAUCCCAUAGAAAAUCUGUGGAGGGAGCUGAAGGUUCGAGUUGCCAAACGUCAGCCUCGAAACCUUAAUGACUUGGACAAGAUCUGCAAAGAGGAGUGGGACAAAAUCCCUCCUGAGAUGUGUGCAAACCUGGUGGCCAACUACAAGAAAGUCUGACCUUUGUGAUUGCCAACAAGGGUUUUGCCACCAAGUACUAAGUCAUGUUUUGCAGAGGGGUCAAAUACUUAUUUCCCUCAUUAAAAUGCAAAUACAUUUAUAACAUUUUUGACAUGCGUUUUUCUGGAUUUUGUUGUUGUUAUUCUGUCUCUCACUGUUCAAAUAAACCUACCAUUAAAAUUAUAGAUUGAUCAUGUCUUUGUCAGUGGGCAAACGUACAAAAUCAGCAGGGGAUCAAAUACUUUUUUUCCCUCACUGUAGUACUGUGCGCCUCCCAUAGUCUGUUCUGGACUUGGGGACUGUGAAGAGACCUCUUGUGGCAUGUCUUGUGUGGUAUGCAUGGGUGUCCGAGCUGUGCGCCAGUAGUUCAAACAGACAGCUCGGUGCAUUCAACAUGUCAAUACCUCUCAUAAAUACAAGUAGAGAUAAAGUCAAUCUCUCCUCCACUUUGAGCAGGAGAGAUUGACAUGCAUAUUAUUGAUGUUAGCUCUCUGUGUAUAUCCAAGGGCCAGCCGUGCUGCCCUGUUCUAAGCCAAUUGCAAUUUUCCUAAGUCCCUUUUUGUGGCACCUGACCACACGACUGAACAGUAGUCCAGGUGCGACAAAACUAGGGCCUGUAGGACCUGCCUUGUUGAUAGUGCUGUAGUGCUGUAUCAUAUGAUUUGUGAGGAAAAACCAUCUGAAUGUAAUAGGACAUUUGAAGUAGCUUAUGUCACAAAUUAAACAGUGACCAGUUUGAGUGAAACAUUGUCAAAGUACUUGUUAUGACAACUUCUGUCAUUACUGUUUAUUAGCAUUUGAUGAAAGUGGCUAGUUAAUCAAAACCAAAAUGUGGAUUUCGGUCUCUCCUUGUCCAUAGACUGCUUUCAAGGUAAGGAAACCAAUACCUAAAUAUGUAAUCUAAACAGUCCAUUUAACUGUUAACUGUCCCUUUAAUGCAGAUACCACCUAAAAGAUGUAAUCGUGGGGAAGAUUUACUUCCUGUUGGUACGGAUCAAGAUCAGACACAUGGAGAUUGACAUCAUCAAGCGAGAAACGACUGGCACAGGCCCAAAUGUGUACCAUGAGAACGACACCAUAGCCAAGUACGAGAUUAUGGACGGAGCACCAGUGAGAGGUAAGUGGCAUCGACAACCAGUGGAGGCUGGUGGAAGGAGAAAUCAGAGGAAGGGCUCAUUCUAAUGGUUGGAAUGGAACUAUAUGUUUGAUAGUUUUCCAUUCACUUUAUUCCAGCCAUUACAAUGAGCCCAUCCUGUGGUUUCUCUUUUUACUAGCCUCCACACUGUAUUUACACAAACGAUGGGCAUGGGACGUGGACUGAAAACGUCUGACAAAAACAUAUAUUUUACAAUGAACUAUCACUUUAAUAGUAUGGCUUUUGUCUUUCAGGGGAGUCCAUCCCUAUCCGACUAUUCCUGGCUGGCUAUGAGAUGACUCCUACAAUGAGGGACAUCAACAAGAAGUACUCUGUGCGGUACUACCUCAACCUGGUGCUCAUAGACGAGGAGGAGAGGCGUUACUUCAAACAGCAG